AUGCACCAAUGGAGGUCUGUUACCAUCUCUUAUCAUCUAAUUCACAAUCAUAUCCAUUCAUCCUUACAUCUGACUUUAACGGUCUACAUUUUUUCGAUUCAAACAGCAGAGGAACAUGAAUCAAAGACUACAAAUCAACCAAAUGGUAACCAUUUUAGUGAAAUUGAAUCGUUUAGAGCCAUAGUUGGUGACUCUGAUGCCAACUCCCUGAAGGAGUUUAUACAUAAGAUAAAUUCAAAUGAUGAAGAUGGAGUUAUAGUUACCAAUACCUCCAUUGUUCUUUCUCCAAGUUCUGAUAAAGUUCAUCGAACAGCAAUUCAUAAUUUUUUUAAAGAGAAACUCAAGUUCUUGGUUACAGACACAGUAGAUGGACCUGAAUCCUCAUCAAAAUGCAUACUUACAUGUCUGGUUCAGCCACGUUGCACAUAUCGAGCAUAUGAUGCCAUGGAUGAAACAACUGCCACUUCUCAAUUGGUUUCAACCCCUCAGGAACAAAGAUAUUUGCUGGAUACAACAGAUCCAUCAGGAUAUUUGAUAUUCAUCACCCUGGUAGAGAUUUCCAACAACAUUCAACCAUCCAAGGAAACUAGGAAGGACAAUCAGGUUGGUGUGGUUAAUUACAAGGGGUCUUAUAGUCAAACUAUAGCAAUACAAAGAGAAGAUAAUAUGGAGCUCUUAUAUGUCCUACAUGGUCAACAAGGUGGGGUUACACAUGUAAGUUCAAUUCUCCAAAGAUGGGAACUAUCUUUGGAAAAUAAUGAAAGAGGCAGAGGUAAUAAGAAGAGGAAAGGAAGAGAUGAGACUCCUUAUGACAGUAGAGGUUCAGAUCCAGCAUCUUGGAAAGUUCCUCAGGUAGUGUCUAUUAUAGCUUGUAAAACUUGCAACCAGUUUGCGGCUAUGUUCAAGAAACAUAGGAGUAUGAAUCAGUUUACAAUUCAUGAUUUGCAGAUCAGUAAUUGUGAUGUUAAGUAA